GCAGGCUCAGCCCGCCCAGCGCUGCGCUCCGGGCCCAGCGCGCGGCACACGCACCCACCCACGCAGCCGCCAUGGGCAAGGAUAAGCAGCCUCGCGGCCAGCGGAGGCAGGGGGGGCUGCCGGCCACGGACGCCACCGGGCCCGACGACAUGGGGCCGAAGAAGGGCAAGGGGGCCCCCAAGGAGUGCGGGGAGGAGGAGGCCCGGACGUGCUGCGGCUGCCGGUUCCCGCUGCUGCUCGCCCUGCUGCAGCUGGCCUUGGGCAUCGCCGUGACCGUGGUGGGCUUUCUCAUGGCGAGCAUCAGCUCCUCCCUGCUAGUCAGAGACACUCCAUUUUGGGCUGGGAUCAUUGUCUGCUUAGUGGCCUAUCUUGGUUUGUUUAUGCUUUGUGUCUCAUAUCAAGUUGACGAACAGACAUGUAUCCAGUUCGUUAUGAAACUGUUGUACUUUUUGCUGAGCGCCCUGGGCCUGAUGGUCUGUGUGCUGGCCGCGGCGUUUGCUGCCCACCACUACUCACUGCUCACCCGGGUGACCUGCGGAGCCACACUCGACUCCUGCCACUGCAAACUGUCCUCCUCCGAGCCGCUCAGCAGGACCUUCGUGUACCGGGAUGUGCCUGACUGCACCAGCAUCACUGGCACUUUCAAAGUGUUCUUACUCACCCAGAUGCUUCUCAACUUGGUCUCUGGCCUUGUGUGCUUAUUGGCCUGCUUUGUGAUGUGGAAACACAGGUACCAGGUCUUUUAUGUGGGCGACAGGAUGUACUCCCUGACAACUUCCGAAGGCCAGCCGCCAAAGGUCUAACAUUCUUGCUCAAAGGUGGGAGAGGAAACAGCACACUGACUAGCCGAAGUUAAAACAGAAGGAAAGAAAAAAUAUUCACUGUUCUAAAUGGAUAUCUUUAUAUUUUCUUCGAGUUUCUAUAGUAUUUUUUACAAACCCUUAUGGGAAGAAUCAGAUCCAAAUUGACUUUGGGAUAUUAAAAGGACACGGAAUAGGGAAAGGAUAGCACAGAUUUAUCUUUACAGCCUGGAGUUUAUUCCUAAUACUCAUUUUAUCCAUUACUUUAACAACCUCUUUUCCUGUUAGCCUAGUUUGAUGAUGUGAAUUGGCAUUUCAGGCCCAGCUAAGUUUUGUAGUCUGUUCCAGGCCCUCCUACCUCCCACCAGGACACCCUGGCUAUGCUGAGGAGAAAGGAAGGGGGUGGGGAACAGAGCUGAGCAGCCGGAUCAACCCUCUAUUUUCCACGGUAGUGAUGUCUUCAAGGCACAAAACAAGUCAAAGGAGCAGAGUAGGAAAGGAAGAGACUUUGCAAAAGCCUAAGUAAUUAUGAACACCUGGGCUGGGGCGGCGGCCUUGUCCCCUCAGCUCCCUCAGUUCAGCUCUAUAAGUAGAUCACUUACUAAAUGCUUGGGGUGAUCGUCUGUGUUUCGAUAAUUGAAAGUUGGUAGUCGUUGUAUUCUUAAUGAUGUAGAAGGUUUAAAAUAAUUACAUUAUGCUUCUAUUCUCUCAUCUAAAACAAAUCAUUAUAACCAAUUUCUAGCUAAUUGUUCAUUAUAAUUAUGCUCAGAAGUCUCUUUAAUGAGCCCUGGCUGUACUUAGGUAGCACAGUCGGUACGAGGAGACACGGUUCUCACAAGAGAAGAGGCUUCAAGAUUGUUUCUUCUGAAAGCCAAGCUUUACAAGGGAGACACAUUUUUUUUUUAUUAAUAGCUCAGGUUAAAUAUACUCAUUUAAACAAAAACAAGAGCAUUUGGAACAGGAAUGGUUAUACAAAUAGCACAUUUGUGAUGUGUUGCAAAGUAUCUCUCUUGGCAGCUAAGUACUUUUGAGGAAGACUUGAUAAUGCCAAUGUGUUUCAUUCAUGAAACUGCCUUUGAUUUUCAAUCCUAUGAUUGACUUGUUUGCACAGUCAAGCUACACACUGAAGACAUUUUGAAGUCCUUAUAUGAGCAUUUGCACCCUGAUUUGGAGGGUACUUUUUAUUUGGGUUUGUUUUUAAGCAAAUAACAUGAAAAAGCACAAGUUCCCUAUGGUGGGAAACUUCUCUCUGGCUAUUGCUGUUCUUUAAUUUGGAACAAUACCGAUGUUUUGAGGAAGGAGCUCAGAAUGUAAAUUCAUGAAGCAUGAAUGUUUUACCAAGAACCUUUUCACUCUGUUGAAAGUGGAAAUUCAAGAUAAUAACUGAGUUCAGUUUGCCUCUCCACAUUGCUUAUAUACUUUACUAAUUAUGAAAUUCUACCCUAAAAGAAAACCAUUUUCUUGUUUGCCUUAGAAAAUAGAUGAAUAAUUCCACUGAUGGUGAUAAUAGUGUUGAUUUCCACACACUGUAAAUACUCAAAUAAAAAGGAAAACAUUAAAUCAGUUAGUUGGAGGAUUGUAAAUAUCUUUUAUGUCCUCCAGAUAAAGCACCUGAUUAGCAGAUGUUAAAGCUUUUUUAUGUAUUAACUUGCUUUUUAAAAAAAUGUCCUUCCGACACACUGGCCCAGGCCAAGAGGGCAAUUAGAGGGCGGAGGAUAAGCCUCUGGGGCAGAUGUCUGAUCACACACAAGAAUCACAUCGACAGAACACACGCCAAACACCCCGCUGAGGACCUGAAAAAUGCUUUGUGCCGUUAACACACACACACACACACAC